CGUGGUGCCAUCUCGCGUAAUUCCGCGGAAGCUGCUGUAUUUGUAAACAAUUUUUGACAUUUCAGUUCACACGUGAAAUUUUUGUGUAAUUUAUUGAAAAAAAGGCCAAUAAAUACAUGAAAAAUAAUGUCUAGCAACUCAGAAGGGUUCGAUUCUAUUUAUGACAAUCACUCUUCUGAUGGUCAGAGGAAGAAGUUCAAGAGACAUUUCACGCCAGCACAAAGGCGGAAGCUCCUUUCGAUGGUAGUGGCAGAUUUUACUCUCCUGACAACUCAUCAAUUUGGCUUGGAGAACUCCAAUAGGCAGUGGAUGGCUUGGAAAUCUGUGUCAGAUACUUUAAAUAAGAUGUGGCCCAAAUCAGCUAGAACCCCAACAGAAUGGAAGAGAACUUGGAUAUCUGUGAAGAAUAAGUUAGUGGAUAAAUAUAGGAAGUUGCAGAGCGGGAAUGAGAGAACAAUUGCACUUCCGUCGUUUUCCGGAGCUGAGAUGAAGGUCUUGGCGCUGUUGGGAGUAGAAGGGACAGAAAAGUAUCUGGAUUACGAGAUAAGUGAUACACCAUCAACGGAUGAUCAAACUGAAGCGAUGGAUCUUCAUUCGCAGAAUCUGCAAAUUGUUAAUACACAGAGUUUGAGAAGGGAGAAUAAUGGAAAUCCCCCGGAAGUACCUCCAACGCUCCCUCCAAUCAAACCAUCUGUCCAAAAGUCUCCACAGUCUACUGAUACUUCUGGAGAUCCUCUCAGACUCUCUCCUUUUUCCUUACAAUCCCAGUCUUCAUUUGAUUCCGAUCAGGAAACCCUCCCAGCCAAUUCUCCACAGCAGCAACAGUUGUCCCAUCAUCCCUGCGAAGUGCUUCCGCCUGAACCGUAUACUUUACGAGAAAUGCAAUUUCAUUAUUUGCUGAAGUCAUCGAAGGUUGAAAACCAAAGACUGAGGGACGAUGUCCAAAGGCUGACGGAGGAGAGAGACUUCUUUAAGAAUCAAUUUGUAAAAAUGAGAAAAGUCGUAGAACAAUUUGGUAAUUAUGUUAGCAGAAUGCAAUAGAAGUUCUUCUAUUUUAAGACAAUAAACCUUUUGAAAUUUUGUAAAAUCAA